AUGGAGAAAAGUCUGUACAGCUGCGAAAUCUGCAGCUUCAAGUUGACGACAAAGCCCAAUUUGGCGCGGCAUAUUUAUUAUCGUCACUGUAAGAAGAGACCGCUGUAUUGUCCGGAAUGUGGCGUCACGGGAAAGUCGAUGAAUAAUCUCGUCAAUCAUGGAAGCUCAAUUCAUGGAAAAGAUAUUUCACCAUUGAUGUGCUCUCGGAAACAAAUGAAAGAAGUGGAUUCAAAGAAAAUGAUUCCAAUGGACGAUUUCGAGUGCGUCUUCUGCGGCGAAAUUUUUCAAACGACUAAGGAGCUCGCCAAACAUCAAGACACCCACAAAGGAGAGAAGCCUUUUACGUGUCCACUUUGCGGCCGGACAUUUCAGGAGUUUGGACAGAGCAUCGUCCAUGGAAUCGCUAUUCAUCAUGUCGAGAUCGAUCCGAUCAUGAGUUCUGAUAGUCAAGAGGAGGGAAUUCGAGAUUCAGAAGUCGUGCCAAAAAUACGUUUCAAGAUGGAAAAGUGUUCAAAGUCGAGCUCUGAUGAUCCGAAAAAAGAAGACAACGAAACGAACCAGAGUCACGAGAAUUCUGGCUCUGAAGAAGAGGUCGACGAACAUCCGAAACCAGUGAAAAGACCUCAGCGAAAUGUCCCCCAGUGCAAACUUUGCAACAAGAAAUUUCGAAGCCAUGCUCAAGUCAAGGAGCACGAAAAGAAUGUGCAUGAAAAGAGUGUUGCUGAACCUCCAGCUCCUGUCGACCCAGCCGUUUUUACGAGAGCGUCUGAUGAUUUAAUUUCUUGCAGCACCUGUCUCGGGCUUUUCAGAAGUGAAAAAGAAUUGAUGCUUCAUCAGAGUCAAUAUCAUACAAAACAGAAUGGGCAGAAGAUUCUCCAUGCUCCUGAGCAAAAGCCUAUCAUUCGCGUCAUCACAAAAUCAUCACAUCAACCUAUCUACCUGCACUCUGCCGAACUAUCUGGCGAUCCACAGUCGUCAAACUACAGACCUCAAAUAACAGUCAUCAAACCACAGCCACAGACAGCCGAGGAAAAAUAUCACGAGUACUUGUUCCGACCAAAACCUCAUCAGAAAAUCCACUUUGCGGACGGGUCUACUACAGGGACCGCACCUGUAAUCGACGAAGGAUUUUCACUUCAUUGA